AAGCCUCUGAGACAGACGCGCUGUCCACUCUACAAACACCCUCUGUAGGGAGCAAUCUGAGGUCAAAUCAAAGAACUCAACGGAGGAGAUACAUAGCUCGCAAGGAAAUAAUUUCUUGGAGAAGUGACGGAUAACUUUUUUUCUCAGUUCAUCGUUGUGAAUUAUUUACCACACUCAUCAGUAACUUUUGAUGGGACACACAGAAGUUUCCAGCUCUCUUCUGUCCAGAGCGAAGCAUCACGCCGAAGAAUUGAUGGAGAUUUUACGACCUGGACGACAGCUGCAUUUUUUUUGCACAGGAUAAUACUGUUUUACAUAGUCUACAGUUAGAGUUCAAAGCCUGCUUUAAAGCCUGAUGCCAUAGAAUAACAUAUUUAAAAACUUUAUAUUCUUUCAGAAAACCAUCUACGCACUAGUGCUGUAAAGAACCCAGAAACCAGCACAGAUCUGAAGACCUUAUAAUGUAAUCAUGAGCCAUAUAAGCAAAAUGAUCCUUCAUAAGAAAAGGGUUCAUUGCUGAACCUAACAACCGUUGGAGAACCAAGCUCUAUGGCUUGAAGCAGAAGAGAAGAGGGAAAAACAUUGGCUUCCAAAGUGAUUUUAUAUUUAGAAGUGAAUACACCCUCAUCAUCAUCACAGACUGGAUGUAAAGAUGACAAGCGUCUGGUUUGCUCUGCUGGGCUUCUUGUGGAGCUUUAAUUUGGCAGGUAGCAGCUCUGUACUUGACGGAUCUGAGCUUCAGCCCAACUUCAUGCAUCGGAGAUUGCGGACUCAGGAGAAGAGAGAGAUGCAGAAAGAGAUUCUGUCCAUACUGGGACUGAACCACAGACCCAGACCGCAUGUAAACAGCGGCAAAUAUAAUUCAGCACCCCUCUUCAUGCUGGAUCUGUACAACAGCAUGUCCACUGAAGAGAAGAGCGACGUGGAUCAGUACAGAUCACUGUUCACCACCACGAGACCCGCUUUAGCUUCACUUCAUGACACAGAGUUCCUGCAUGACGCGGACAUGGUCAUGAGUUUUGUCAAUUUAGUGGAAAAUGACAGAGAGCUGUCUCCGCAGAGAAGACACCAUAAAGAGUUCAAAUUCAACAUGUCCCAGAUUCCAGAGGGAGAGGCCAUCACAGCUGCAGAAUUCAGGAUCUACAAGGAGUGUGUGACCAGGUCCUUCCGCAAUGAGACAUUACUACUUAGCGUGUUUCAGGUGGUUGGGGAACAUCCAGAAAGGGAUGCCGACUUGUUUCUGCUGGAAUCUCGCAGGUUGUGGGCCACUGAAGAAGGUUGGUUGGAGUUUGACAUCACAGCAACUAGUAAUCUCUGGGUGAUGAGUCCACCUCAUAAUCUGGGUCUACAGAUCAGUGUGGAGACCAGCACUGGCUGGAGCAUCAAUCCCAAGGAAGUGGGGUUAGUAGGUCGUGAUGGCGCCUUAGAGAGGCAGCCUUUCAUGGUGGCCUAUUUCAAAGUGAGCGAAGUCCGUAUCCGAACUGCCCGAUCAGUGGGCAAACGACGUCAACCGAACCGAAAUCGCUCCAACAGUCCACAGGAGGCGUCAAAAGGAUCAGCUCAUACAGCAGAUUACAACAGCAGCGAUCAGAAGACAGCCUGCAGAAAGCAUGAACUGUACGUCAGCUUCAGAGAACUGGGCUGGCAGGACUGGAUUAUUGCACCUGAGGGUUAUGCAGCAAACUACUGUGAUGGAGAAUGCUCUUUUCCCUUAAACGCCCAUAUGAACGCUACUAAUCAUGCUAUAGUACAGACACUGGUCCAUCUGAUGAAUCCAGAGAACGUUCCGAAACCAUGCUGCGCUCCCACCAAACUGCAUGCAAUCUCCGUGCUCUACUACGAUGACAACUCCAACGUCAUUCUGAAAAAAUACAAAAACAUGGUGGUGCGCGCAUGUGGCUGCCACUGACACAAGGGGCACGUGUCGCUCUGCCCAACCGCUGCACCGCAGAGACAGAGACAAAUGUUCGCGAGGACCGAGGAAUCUAAAUAUGACAGAUGCGAAAAGCAAGCAUUGUGAACAAAUGUUAAAGAAUGUCUCGACUGUGGAUCCAGGUUUGCUGCUUCUCGUUUUUACACACGUGGCCAUUUCUUGUGACUUUUUCGGAUCCCACGAACGUCUAAGAGGAUGCUCAUGUGAAUCUCUGAAAAGAAAAUGAACUCGAUGCCUUCAGUCUAAGGCAAAGACAGAUCAAGAAAAUGUAAAUUAUGAGCUAAAAUGCAGUCUAUAUUUAAAAAUUAGUUUUACUUAUCAAAUAUUUAAAGGGGUUGCAUCAACACAAUAAUUUCAUUCAUUUCUUUAGGACAUUUUUCCACCCUUAUUUUGAUUCCUGGAAUUAAACGGGAUACCUUUUUGUUGUUGUUUUUGCUGCUGUGCCUUUAUACUUUUUAUCUUUCUCAUGUUUGAAAGUUUCAGAAAUUUUUUUUUUUUUUUGCUACUUACUCCCCAAUAUAAAUAGACGCUUAUAAAUACCGUCUCAAAGCGCAGAAAUCAGAACAGGAAACUUUUUACUGCUUUGUGUAUUUUUGAUGAAGUCACUUGAACCCACAGGACUCUUAUUUUAGGUCUCAAAAAAAAAAAAAAAAAAUCGAAUUAUUUUAAGUUUCUCAAUAUUUGCUCUGCACUACCUGUGGUUUGCAUCGGUGAGUCAGAGCAAGUGGUUACACACUUCAACAGAACUCAAAGAACGGAACCAUUAUGCUGCCGUUCCAAGGAUGGAACUGUUAUUUGAUACUGUUCGACACCACAGGUCUAUAAUUUCCCUGCAACACCUGCACCUCGGAUGGCUUACGUCCAAAACCUCCCAUAAUACACAAGGACCUGCAAAUAAUCUAAGAUUGUUAAGUAACAAAAUUUUAUUGUGUCUUCGUAAUCACACGAGCUGUAGAAUUUCCAUGUCAUGUCUAUUUAUUGUUAAACUUUUAAUAUGCAGCUGUCCUUUUUUCUUCCACUGUGAGCCGUUCGUUGGUACAAAACUCUCCCUGGACAGGCGAUAUUGGUCUAUUUUCAUCAUUGUGGCGAUAUAUUUAGUAAUUUGGGAAUCGUUAAUCUUUUUCAAUUUUUGUACUAAUACUGAAACCAAACAAUUCAACGUUAUUUACAUUUUGAUAUUGUUUCCAUUUCCAUUCAUCUCACUGGCACAGGUCCUUAUUAAGUGAACAGGACCAUGUCAGCCAACUAAACCUUGACUGCUUACUUCAUAUAUUGAUAGUGGCCACAUCACUACGGUUUUGGGUUGUAUUGUUGGUUGCCAGUAGGAUUAUACGUAGUUAAACUCUGCCACAAGAAUUCAAUUGGAGAGUAGUCCAUUUUUUCAACUCCUAUUCCUAGUUAUAUCACAUACCUCCCAUAAACUGCUGUUUACAUGUCUCAACCAUAUUUGGAUGCUUGUGUGUAAAUACGUGUACAUUUUACAGUUUAUUUAUUGUUCUUUUUACGAAUCAUAUAGCACAGAGAUCAUACGAGUAAAGGAAAAUUAAAACUGCUAUUUUUGGAAAAAGACAUUUUAUUAUGAAAUUUCUCACAACAUGCCUUUUUUUGUACAAACCCCCCCCAGGCAGUGUGUACCCCUCUCACACAGGACAAAAAUACUGCAUUUUUCAGCGAGUUCGGCCUUAACCAUGUGCCUACCAUAAAAACUUCACUGAAUAUA